AUGCCGCCCAAAGACGACAAGAAGAAGAAGGACGCCGGCAAGUCCGCGAAGAAGGACAAGGACCCCGUGAACAAGUCCGGCGGCAAAGCCAAGAAGAAGAAGUGGUCCAAAGGGAAAGUGAGGGACAAGCUGAACAACCUCGUCUUGUUCGACAAGGCUACUUACGACAAACUCUGCAAGGAGGUGCCGAACUACAAGCUCAUCACCCCGGCGGUGGUCUCUGAGCGGCUGAAGAUUCGGGGCUCCCUGGCUAGAGCUGCCCUCCAGGAGCUGCUCAACAAAGGUCUAAUUAAGCUGGUCUCCAAGCACAGAGCCCAGGUCAUCUACACCCGGAACACUAAGGGGGGCGAUGCACCAGCUACAGGAGAGGACGUGUGA